AUGGGUCGUGUUCGUACAAAAACCAUCAAGAAGGCAUCACGCCAAAUCAUCGAAAAGUACUACACAAAGUUAACCUUGGAUUUUCAUACCAACAAACGUGUUGUCGAAGAAAUCGCCAUUAUCCCAACGAAACGUCUUCGUAAUCAAAUCGCUGGUUUCAUUACACAUUUGAUGAAACGUAUUCAAGCUGGACCUGUUCGUGGCAUUUCGAUUAAACUUCAAGAAGAAGAACGUGAACGACGGGAUAACUAUGUUCCAGAAGUUUCAGCACUCGAACCACAAACAAUGAUCGCCAUCGAUCAAGACACCAAGGAUAUGUUAAACGCAUUCGACUUCAAAAGUUUACCUAAUGUUGGUGUACAAGAAAGCAACGACCAGCAAAACCAACAAGGUGGAAAUCAACGUGGUGGUCACAAUCGACAACAGGAGGGAUAUGCUCGACGAGCUGGUUUUCAAUAA